GAGGGUAUAUAAGACAGUACAUCGUCUCUGUCGUCAGUGUCGCUGUGAGCUCACUGUUACAGCUACUGAAACAUUUCUCGUUCAGCAUGCAGGGUCACAAUCACAGAGGGGCUCUUCUCGCCUGGUGCCUUGUGUUUUUGGUGUUUGUCCAGCAGGUGCACUGCAAUCCUGUGCCAAAGUCGGACACACCUUCGGCUUCUGCGCAGGAAGGUCAAAGGUCACCGAAGAGAACAGCUCGAAUGACCCCGUUAUGGAGAAUCAUGGGUACCAAACCUCACGGCGCCUACUGCCAGAACAACCACGAGUGCUCGACAGGAAUAUGCAGGAAAGGCCACUGUUCCUACAGCCAACCGAUUAAUUCUUAAAAUGAAGACUCCUUCCUUCUCUGAUCUGACGUUUCCACACCAUCGUGCACGACGAGAGCUUGAUUCAGUGAGCAACAGGAGGCAACCGAAUGUGCAAUGCAGUUAAUCAUCAGUUAGACAUAUAUUAAGCCACAAAUGAGGCAAUAGGUAAUGUUCUGCAAGAUUAUGCUUAUCAUAAGGUACAUAACACGUGGACUCUUUUGAGAGAGCAAAGAAAUUCAACAUAAACCUCAUAAUCCACCUGCUGUAUAAAAGAAGCAUUACGAGCGGGUUUUUUUCGAUAGACAUAUUACAGGUGGUGCUGGGAAGGUGAUACAGUGCAUGUUUUAGGUCAGUUUCCCUGAACCAGAUUAAGUCCAGUCCCCGUCCUGGAUGUCCAUAGAUCAGAGUGUGCUAAUAGCUCAUCUCAGGACUAAGCUUAGUCCAAACAUGGAAACUGGUCUGUAGUAUUAGAUCAUGUUACUUGUAAGCUAUAUAUGUAAGUGUAGGCAAACGUGUCUGCUAGUGCCUUAGCUCAACCCAAAUGUCGUUGAACCAAAGCUAGUUAGGAGAAAAAGGGACAGAGAAAGUGCAAAGGUUGCCAUUAUUGAUUGUGCCUAGAUAUUAUUAACCAUUUGCCUCCAUCCUUAGCCUUUAUUUGUUUGCUCACGUUUGUUUUAUUUAAUUUUAGACUCAUUUACCUGUCACUAUUUAUGUUUGUUAUAUACAAGCGUCUCCACCUCAUCUCAUAUCAGGAUUUACAAGCAUCGUUUCAGUAUGAGACUACUUAUUUAUUGUAUUUCUCUUUUCAUUUUGUAUGACUCAACAGUUCAUUUAAAGCUCUUUUUUAUGUAUCUGACUAUAUAUAUAUCACUAUUAGAUUUAUACGUUAUAUUUACUGUACUGUAACUUUAUAUAAGUGGACUUUGAGGUUCUGAAAUAAAACAUGUUCUGAGAAAAUGGC